AUGGCAGCUGCGGGUAAGAGUCCAAAUCUGGAAAAUCUUGUAGCGGUGUGGCUCGAUGAGAAACCCGACAAGGGAGACGAUAAUCAUAAAUUCAAAGAGGAGUUCCAGAGUACAUUUAAGUCGGUAGAAAUAUUUGAUAAUAUGAAGGCAUGUAUCGGUUUUAUGACCGAUGCCAAAGAUGAGAAAAUACUUUUGAUCGUUUCGAGUUCAUUGGGUCAACAAAUCCUUCCUCUAAUCUAUCAAAUGUCACAAUUGGAAUCGAUUUACGUUGUCUAUUCAAACAAGGCCGAAUAUGAACAGUGGAUCUGGCAAUAUAAAAACAAAGUGAAAGGCGUUAUCGAUAAAGUUGAUCAGAUUUUUGAACAAUUGCGUCAAAUUGAUCAACAAUCCUCAAAGGAUUUGAUAACAAUGACUGCGAUUUCUUCAAACAGUGGGAGUGACAGCAGUUUAAAUAAACAAGAAGCAUCAUUCAUGUACUCGCUAUUGUUUCGCGACGUUCUUAUCGGUAUGGAGCAUGGCGAUGAUGCAAAACGAGAAAUGGUCGAAUUUUGUCGAGAACAAUGCAAAGACGACAAGAGUGAAAUAAAAGUGGUUGAUGAAUUUGAUCAAGAGUAUUAUCAUGAUAAAUCAGUCUGGUGGUACACGAGAGAAUGUUUCCUCUACAAGAUGAUGAACAAAGCCCUGAGACUUCAAGAUAUCGAUGUUCUCUAUAAGCUUAGAUUUUUCAUUAAGCAUCUUCAUUAUCAAUUGGCAGAAUUGCAUGCUCAAUCGAUCAGCCAUCCCAUAGUUCUAUACCGUGGACAACAAAUGUUAGCGGAACAAUUGGAUCAGAAAUUGAAAAGGAAUGUCGGUGGUCUUCUGUCCAUUAGCGAAUUUUUGUCAACGAGUACCCACAAAAGAACCGCAUUAUCAUUUGCUACUUCAAGUGCGAAUCGCGCUGCCAUACUCUUCGAAAUAGAAAUAGAUCCGACAAUAAAAGCGAAUCCGUUUGCGAAUAUCCAACAGUACAGCUUUGUCAAGACAGAAAAUGAAGUUCUCUUUUCAAUGGGAUCAGUGUUUCGAAUCAAAUCAGUGGUGCAGUCCAGUAAUGGUAUAUGGAGUGUUACUCUGCAAUUCACGGGUGCUGAAGACGAACAACUAAGAGCGUUGAGGAAUCACAUCACACGAAAAAUACGUGAAAGAGAUGAUUUGUUCACUUUGGGGAGGCUGAUGAUCGAAAUGGGCGAAUGGAACCGAGGAAAAACGUUUUAUCGAUUACUACUCACAGAGAUAUCCGCGGGGAAGAAUCUGUGGUACAUUGCUCAGAUUUAUAGCAGACUAGGAAAGUCUUGCAUGGAGAAACGUGACUAUAGAAACGCAUGGAAGUAUUAUGCAAAGAAGGCGACUAUUAAGCCAGAUGAUACACUAAUUGCAAAGAUAUUGAAUAAUAUUGGUUUAAUUGAAAAAGAUCAAGGUCACUAUUCGGAGGCACUGAAAACGUACAACAGGGUACUUGAAAUUUUCUUACGUACUCUACCACCAAAUCACCGUUAUUUGGCAAUAGCAUACAACAACAUUGGUUUGGUUCACCAAGCUCAAGGUGAUUAUCCUGAGGCAUUAAAAAUGUAUAACAAGGCUCAUGAAAUUUAUUCGAGCUCUCUUUCAACAAAUGACCCUGAUUUGGCUGUAACAUACAGCAACAUUGGUUUUGUUCUUCAGGCUCAAGGUGAUUAUUCUGAGGCAUUAACAAUGUUCGAAAAAACACUUGAAAUCGAGUUGAGUACUCUUCUACCAAAUCAUCCUGAUUUAGGUAGGACGUACAGCAACAUUGGUAUCGCUCGUCAAGCUCAAGGUGAUUAUUCCGAAGCAUUAGAACUGUUUAACAAGGCUCAUGAAAUUUAUUCGAGCUCUCUUCUACCAGCACAUCCUGACUUAAUCGAAACAUACAACAAUAUUGGUGGGGUUCACAAAGCUAGGGGUGAUUAUUCCGAAGCCAUCAAACUGUUCGAGAAGACCAUUCAAAUUUUAAACGGUUCCCUUCCACCAAACCAUCUUGCUUACGCCAAGACAUACAACAACAUUGGGGAGGUUCAUCAAGCUCAGGGUAAUUGUGCCGAGGCGAUAAAAAUGUACAACAUGGCACUUGAAAAUUAUCUGCAUUUUUUACCAUCAAAUCAUCCUAAUUUGGCCCCAAUAUACAACAACAUUGCUAUGGUUCAUUCUGAUCAAGGUGAAUACACUCAGGCAAAGGAAAUGUAUGAAAAGACACGCGAAAUUUUAAUCACUACCCUUCCGUCGGAUCAUCCUCAUUUGGCAACAAUAUACAACAACUUCGGUGAGGUUCACCGAGCUCAAGGUGAUUAUCCCGAAGCAUUAAAAAUGUACAACAAGGCUCAUGACAUUUAUUCAACUUCACUUCGUUCAGACCACCCUGAUUUGGCCGGAGUAUACAACAACUUCGGUGAGGUUCAUCAAGCUCAAGGUGAUUAUCCUGAGGCGUUAAAAAUGUUCAACAAGGCUCAUGAGAUUUAUUCGAUUUCACUUCCUUCAGAUCACCCUUAUUUGGCAAUGGUUUAUAACAACUUUGGUAAGUUCUACGAAGUUCAAGGUAAUUAUUCCAAGGCAUUAGAAAUGUAUAACAAGACACUAAAAAUUUAUUCGGCUUCACUUCCCCCAAAUCAUCGUCAUCUGGCGACGACGUACAGUAACAUCGGGAUUGUCUUCAAAGCUCAGGGCGAAGUCUUAGAGGCACUAGAAGUGUUAAAAAAGGCACAUGAAAUUUAUCUGAGCUCUCUUCCGCCGAAUCAUCCUGAUUUGGCUAUGGUUUACAACAACUUUGGUGAGGUUUACCAAGCUCAAAGGGAUUAUCCUGAGGCAUUAAAAAUGUUCAACAAGGCUCAUGAUAUUUAUUCGACUUCACUUCCUUCAAAUCACCCUGAAUUGGCUAUGGUUUAUAACAACAUUGGCGAGGUUUACCAAGCUCAAGGGGAUUAUUGUAAGGCAUUAAAAAUGUUCAACAAGGCACAUGAAAUGUAUUCGGCUUCCCUUCCUUCAAAUCAUCCUCGUAUGGCUACAACAUACAACAACAUGAGGAGAGCAUUAUCAGAUCAAAGCAAAGCUCCGGAAGCUACAGAUGUUGACAUCAGUAGCAUUAUUCAAUGA